CAUUCGCAAUAGGGGUGGCCUAUUAUGGUAUCCGACAGAUGGUUGCGGAGGGAGUUUUACUCACUUUUGACAGAUUUUGGUAUUAUCGAAACGCUCGAUAAUGCACAAACUUAUGUGUUUUAGGAAGCGUACAACGACCAGGGAGCAAUGUAAAUGUUUAGUUUCCAAAAUGAAGGAGCAUCCGGACAUAGCAAAAAAUUUUACUAAAAAUGCACCUGAUUUGGUAGAAAGAUUUUGGGAAAGUGUGCGAGAGGAGUUGAAUUCGAUUGGACCGCCAUCAAAAACCAUUGCAGAAUGGAAAAAGGUUUGGUCGGACUAUAAAUCGGCAAAAAAGAAGAAGCUCGCGCAUAACAAAAGAGAGCUACAUGCGACUGGUGGAGGAGAAAAUAGGGAAAUUCCCUUAACAUCUAUGGAAGAAGAAGUUGCUAACCAUGUGUGUCUUAAUGAUUGCGUUGGGGGUAUUAGAAACUCCAAACAGUUUGGAGUGCCACAGGGGAGAAAUUAUGAUGACGCAGUUCCAUCUACAUCGAGAAAUGUUCCACAGAUGAGAGCUUCUGCUAUGAGAGAUGUACCGCAGGAGAGAAUAUCUGAGGACACUUCUCCACCUACUCGGAGAGAUUACGAUGGUCAUGAAGACGUAAAUAUUGAGAAUGACCAAAAUAUUUCUAACCAAAGAAGAAAAAAGAGACCCGAGCAAUUCGAUUUAUUAGAGAAGCAAAUAGGGGUUCAAGAAAGACUGUACGAAAAAGUGUCUGAGGCUGUUGAGAACCAACAGGAAUAUUUUCAACACAUGAGGGACCAUUUAAAAAGACUGAAUAGAUCAGUAGAGAGGCUAGGCGACCAAAAAAAGAAAAAUAAUGAAAUUCUACAGAAUACUCUUGAAGAGAUUAAAAGACAUAACGCUGUGAUGGAAAAGGCUGCUAUAGAAAAAUUAAGAUUAAAAACGGAACUUUUAAAUAUUGAGUUAAAUAACGUCAACAGACACCUUAAUUCUUAAAAUAAAUGGGGCCUGACAAUUUUUUUUAUGAGAUUUGUUUUUAUUUUAUAUUGGAUUUUUUUUUAUAACUGUAGUGCCUGAAUACUUUCUGAACAGGAAGGCUUUAUUAUUUAAGUUUUUUUCUGUUUUUUUGAAAAUACUGUGUAUGUAAAUCAAUGAAGUGAUAUGAUUUUAUUUUUAUCUACAUCCUUAGUGUGUAGACAACUUUGUGCAACACUUUGCCAGGAAGGCUUUUUACUUAAAUAUUAAGAAAUAUGUAUGAAAAUGAAUUUUGUGAUAAUAAAUAGUUUUAUUUUACAAAAAGCUACGUAACAUCCCAUUGCGAAUUUGAGUGGCUUCAUUUGUAUAUCGUUGAGGUUGUACAGGUUCGCCUACAUAUUCAUCGGGUUCGUAGACUUCCUCUUGGUAUUCGUCGGAAAUAUUAUAAUGUAUCCGAAUGUUGUGAAGUGCUGCCGCACCGUGUACAAUUUGAACCACUUUCUAAGCAGCAUAAUGUAGUUGGCUAGCAGAAAGGAGACAUCGGCACCAGUUCUUCCAAACGCCUAUGGUCCGUUCAACAAUAUUACGGCCUUUACUAUGGCUUUUAUUAAAUCUGCUUUCUGGACUAUCAACGCCUGCACUUCGAAAGGGUGUUAUAAGCCUGGGUAACAGU